AUGGCAAUUGUGGCAUCAUCAGACUCGCCACCGACACUUCGGCCGUACGGGAAGUGGGACACGGCGCCAUCGGCUUCGGCCCGCUACGGCAACGCCAAGGGCAGGGUGUUGGAUGACUUGGUCAGGGCAGAUUACGUGGACGAAGAGAGGUGGCUUCCGCUCUUUGGGAAAGAUGGGCAGCAGCUGCUGACGCGCCACGAGCGUCUCAACGUGCGGAACCAGUGCGAUAACAGGCUCAAGUACAAGAAGUUGGUCUUAACAAUUGGGUACAAGCCCAAUCAACGAAAUGAGAUGGUGUUCGUCCCCAAGGCCAGGGGCAGCGAGGGACACUGGUGUCUUUCUGGAGCGCACCUCGUGGAAGCGAUCUACGAGGCACAUGCAGAACAGCCUGAGAAUCCUCAGGUGAUUGCGUCAGUGGCUGGUGGCGUGAAGGCGCGCGUCCUCGAUUACCGCAGUCCGGACGACAUCUUGUCGCACUUCAAGGAAGACGGGAACGGCCUCAACCACAUCCGCGGCCAGGUCGCAUUCACUGAGAGCGUUGGCGAAGUUGGCUCGAUGCAGAAGAAAUGGAAGGAUAGCAGGAAGGGCGAGUUUGACGACCACGACUACGAGGAGCACAAAUCAAAGUUCGACAACAAAAAGUACGAGUCUGAGUACAUGGAGUUUCUGGACAGGGAGUUCCCCGGCUACUUCGAGGGCAACUGGAACCUCUUCGACAUGACCAGGCGCGUCUAUAACAAGUUCCUGAAGGUCCCUGAGAUACAUGCUGAAUGGAGGGCCUAUUGUGAUCAACAUUGCGUCUACUCCAAUACGAGGCUGGACACUGGCACGACGAUGUACAUCAUGGAUAAGUUGAUGACGAAGGUUGCUGCCUACGACCUGUGGGAUCACUUAGUCGACAUCUUCAAGUUCUGCAUCCCAACGAAUGAUGGGCACGAAUGGCACUGCACAGAACGGAAAGAUUGGGUAAAGAUCCUCGCCCUCUUCAUGCCAAUCACCCACGGCAAGAGGGACGGAGAGAAAGUCAAGGUCGAGGUCUUGGCCGAGAAAGCCAAGUUGAACAGGGCUUUCAAAGCGAAGGCUGCCGCGGACACCACCGAGAAGGACGAGGGGAAGAAGGAUAAGACUCGCAAGAAGGGCAAGGGCAGGGGAGCGAAAGGGAAGGGCAAAUCCACCGAAGUCUUCAAUCAGUUCCAGGCAACCAAGGGCGGCAGGGAUGUGAUCAUGUUCGAGGAGAUCAUCGGCACCAUUGAGUACGCGGUAGAGGACAUCGGCGACCAGUACAUCAAUCGCAGCGUGCUUUCACAGAUGAAGGAUGUUUGCAUCACUUGGGCGUUGCAAGGCGGCACCGUCGAAGCACCUCCGCUCGUCGCCCAGGCGCAAGUUCUGAAGUACGAGGCCGAUGAGAAGAAGAUCGAGAGGCUGAAGAAGACGUUGGUGAAGACUUCAUGGUCGUCACUGAAGAAGCACGUCGUGAUGCUCAUCCGAGAGAGGCACCAAUUCGCCCCCAAGACCGACAUGGACGCCGUGCUGGGAGAAGAUACUCAGGAACAUACUUCGUCGGCAGCGACCGGGGGCAGCGUCGCUCGCAUGAAGCUUGACCCUUCCGAGUUCCCUGGCGUCCUGAACGUCUGCAAGCUGGAGGAAGCGGUUGCCAUGGUCACGGACGAGUGCAUGAUCAUCUACAAAAACUUCAUCAGCAAGAACACCCCGAACCACAUGUUCUGCCCGACGGGCGUGCUCAAGAUGAGCCAGCCAGCCCUUCAGAGCAUGGGAUCAACCUUGUACGCUCUCGUGACAGACCCCGAUGCCAUCAAGCAGUGGCCUAGCAUGGACGUGGACGAGAGCAUCAAAACGUUCGUUGGUAUGAUUGCCUCUGCUAUAUUUCGGACGAUGCCGCAGGACAUGGUCCAUUUCAUGCGUACUCUUCACACUGCGGUCGAUGAGUCAGGAAGUGGUUACGCAGAGCUAUCAAAAUCGAAGAUCAAGGUGUUGCGGACCGCGCUGGAGUACGCCCUGAAUCUGAUUGCAGAUGCUCCAAUGCUCAUGGCUGCAGCCGCCCACGCAUCCGACGAACAACACGAUGACGCUUUCGAUAAGAUGACCGAGCUCUGGGGGAAGCUGAAGCUCGCGGCAAGUUUCAUCGACAACUACUCGCUCGAAGCCUGUGCAGCCGACGCCCAGGCCACCUGCCAGGACACUUGGGUUGCGAUGUGGAGCAAGCUUUUGAUCGAGCUCAUGAAGAAUCCGAGCGACUCGAUUGCUAAGAGGCCUAGGACUGAGUUGGAGCUCAAGGAAUGGGCCCGCGCACAGUCUGCAGUGCUCGACUCCAAGACGAAGUCCGAUCUUGCAAAUCAGGCGUGCUUGAUGGGCUACAACAGCAAGGAUAGCAGCAAGAACGAGAUCAUCGCCUUCAUCGUCAAGAAGAGGGUUGAGACUGAGAGGAAGAAAGAUCUUGACAUAAGUUCAGAGCAGAAGCAAACGUUGGCGGCAGCCUUGCAGAAGAUCAGCGAGGGUGAGAGCCCCAUGGCGCUGAGCAUCGUCAGUGCAGACAACGAGCGCUCGUCUCCGACUGAUUCCUACACGGCCUUGGGUUAUCGGCCAAUCUCCGUCGACACCUCCGCCAACGAGUUCGUGGCGAUGGCUCUCGCAAACAGGAUCACGUCUUUCAUGAUGGGCCAGUUGAGUAAGGAUGUUGGCGCGGACCUGGUCAAGCAUAAGGAAGUUGUGAAGCCAGAUGGAACAACUACGAUCACUGCCAAGAUGUUCAGCGACUUCGGCUUCGACAAAUCUCAAAACAGCUGCAAGGAGUUGUCCUUCACGAUGUUCGGGAAUACUUUCUUGAUGAAGAUCGGGGUGCAGCCGACGCAGAGGGCCAUCGCGCGCCUCGGCGAGGUGGUGAUUGGAGGGGCCACCUACGUCAUCUGGGCUUCGCCAACGCCUGCGAUGCAUAACCCGACAGGCGGACUGUUCGUGCCAGCGUGGGGCGUCAUCAAGAUCAGAGAGUAUGAGGACGGCACUGCUCCGAACACUACCCUGAGUACGACUCGCGUUGAGCUGGAGGUCCCUGAGUGCUCCGAGCCGUUUGCUCUUCCAAAGUGUACGUUGUCUGUUCCUGUUCUCAUUCCAAACAUCGAGUUCCUGAAAAAGAAUGGUGCCACCGAGAUGUUGGAGUUGACAAGGCCGGAGCUUCCAGAGGGGAAGCACGUGAGGCUUGCGUCGUCAUGCAACACUCGCAACAAGCGCACUCUUAAGGCUGAGGGCUCCGACGAUCUGAACGGAGAGCACGUGCAAAAGUUUGCGAAGCGAGCCGCAGCGUAG